UCGCAAUACCCUCAUCCCCUCGCAUUAACAAAUAAGGCGCCUCUCUGUUGCUUGGCGGCAAAGCGAAGUUCUUUCGUCUAGAAGAGAAGAGAAAACGCCAUUGGUGAUUUUUUCUCUGUCGCUCGCUCGCUUUUGUUGGUUUUACUUCCGUAUCCAUUGAAUUGUACUAACUUGUUAUCAACUUCAAUGGAAUCAUCACGUUAAUUUCUGCCAACCAUGGUACGUACAAAAGUUGAAAUCAAGAAAAUUGAGGAUAAGGCUAAAAGGCAUACCACUUUCACAAAACGUAGACAAGGUCUGUUUAAGAAAACCAAGGAGUUGGUCAAAAGAUGCGACGCUGAAGCGGCUGUGAUCACGUUUUCUUUGGCCGGCAAUAUCUUUGCAUUCGGUCAUCCCUCUGUUGACACCGUGGUGAAUCGCUACAUUGCUGCCACAUCUGCUCCGGAGAUCGGUGAAGUUGUUCCGGUUGAUGAAGAGGCAGUGGAAGAUUAUGUGACCUUGGGACUGGAGGUGCCACUUGAUGAUAUGGGUAUGGAUGAACUUGAUGAGUUAGAUCGCACGAUGAAAGAGAUGAAGAAGAAAGUUGUUGACAGAAUAGAUGGGAUAGCUUCAAGUUCAAAGAAGUGAGAUUACUUUACGCAGGUUUAAUCUUGAACUGAAUAUACUUACUUCAUCAACAAUUUUAGGUACAUUAGUGAAUUCUUUAACCUUCAUACUACUUCUAUGAUUGACUUGCUUGAAUUGGUGCUGAA